GUCUGCCCGACGCCCCAUCAUGACCCAGGACUCGUGGCUGCUGCUGGCCAGCAUGGCGCUGCUGGCCCUGGCCGUGGCGCUGUGGCUGUGGGGGACCUCUAGGACGCCGUUGUCCUCUGCCUCAGCGGGGGGACCAGGUGGAGGGCACUUCCUCCACAAGGGCCUCCCUCCCGGGCCCCGUGGUCUCCCCUUCCUGGGGAACCUGCUGGAUCUGGGCCAGGACCAUCUGCCCUCCCACCUGACGCGGCUGGCCCGGAGGUACGGCCCCGUCUACACCCUGACCUGCGGCAGCUCCACGCUGGUGGUUCUGAACAGCAGCGACGUCAUCAAGGAGGCGCUGGUUAGGAAAUGGUCCGACUUCGCUGGCCGGCCCAUCUCAUACACAGGCUCCCUGGUCUCCGGGGGGGGGCGCUCCAUCUCGCUGGGCGACUACAGCGAGGAGUGGAGGGUUCAGCGCCGCCUGGUGCACCAGACCCUGCAGCGCUACUCACACAGCAGCCUGCAGGCCCUGGUGCGGAGACAGGCCCUGGCCCUCAGAGAGGUUCUGAUUGGGUACAACGGCCGUGCGGUCGAUCUCGCAGAGGAUUUCACCGUGGCAGCCAGUAACGUCAUCACAACGCUGACGUUUGAAAAAGAAUAUGGGAAGGAGUCUGAGGAACUGCAACAACUGCACAGCUGCCUCAACAACAUCGUGUCUCUCUGGGGAUCCCCGUGGAUAUCAGCUCUGGACUCCUUCCCCCUGCUCAGAAAAUUGCCAAAUCGUCCAUUCUCCCGUCUUCUGAAAGAGGUGGCGAGGAGAGAUGACAUCAUAGGAAGACACAUCAAGGAAUACAAACUGCGAGACAACCAAUCAGAGGACAGCAUCACCAGCUCUCUGCUCAAAGGCAUCGAACAAAGUAUUGGAUCUGAAGACGGUGUGCGGCUGACGGACACCCACCUCCACAUGGCCACGGUGGACCUGCUGAUCGGGGGCACGGAGACCACCGCCGCCUGGCUCAGCUGGACCCUGGCCUUCCUGCUGCACCGGCCACAGGUGCAGACACAGGUGUAUGAGGAGAUGUGUGGGGUGCUGGAGGGGCGGUACCCCCAGUACAGCGACAGGCCCCGCCUCCCGGUGCUGGGGGCGGUGAUCAGCGAGGUGCUGAGGCUCCGCCCCGUGGCCCCCCUCGCCGUCCCCCACCGCGCCCUCAGGGACAGCAGUAUUGCAGGGUACUUCAUCCCUAAGGACACAGUGAUCAUUCCCAACCUGUUCGGAGCUCACCACGACCCUUCUGUGUGGAGCGAGCCCAACAGCUUCAGACCAGAGCGCUUCCUGGAGGGGGGCGGCGGCCGCGCCCGCGACCUGCUGGCCUUCGGGGGCGGGGCCCGUCUGUGUCUGGGCGAGACGGUCGCCAGGACGGAGCUCUUCCUGUUCACCGCCUACCUGCUGCGGGACUUCCUGUUCCUCCCCGGGGGAGAGGGGGCGGGUCUACCGGACCUGGAGGGGGAAGCCAGCGUGGUGCUGAAGGUCAAGUCCUACAAGGUCAUCGCGGUGCCCCGCCCCCUGGAGACGGACCUCGCCGUGGGACCCCCUAACCAGCAGAGCGGCGACACUGCGCUAUAAUGAGGCUUCAUGGUCUUGAUCCUGGCUGUGAAGGUUGUUACGUCUAACCCUAGGGCCCGUAGGGAUCUCCCCGUGGGUAGGAAUCCGUAGGAAUCUCUCACUCAUGACGUUAUCACUCUCAUGAUGUUAUCAUUCGUUUUUUUAUCAUUCGAGCGUAGCCGCUAUGUUGAGCGGCUACGCUCGAAUGAUAAAACAACGAAUGAUAACAUCAUGAGUGAAGCAGACCUUAAAAAGGGAAACCACCCGAACAUUCACCCUGUUAGUGGAAAUGAAACAAAAAGCUGUGCUUCCCUGAACAUAAGUUGUUGAUAUUAGUAUCGAUUAUUAUUUUGAAUUUCCUUGGAGAACCAUUUGUGUUGGGGUGAAGGAUUGUAAGAUGGAGGAGUGGGACCUCGUGUGGGUCCAGGGGUAGGACUACCUCUUGAUCUCCUGGGUCAAAGACAUCAUGGAGAGCAAACCACGGAGAUAGCCAGCAUGCUAGCACAGAUGGUUACAGCUUACCAUCGUUUAAUAAGAUUCUUUAAGAACUACUAGAAAAAAGUAUUGGUUAUUGUUUGUAAGCUAUCAACAUUCUAGAUCAGGAAUUUGUUUCUUAGGUGUGGAAAUAGGCCUAUGUGCGUAUUGAGUUUACUCAUGCAUUAAUCUAUAAUCCAACGCAAAUUUAGAAGCGUUAUUUCCAAAACAUGAUAUUCAAAUAUGUCUCCAUUUCACAGAGUGCAAACAGAGUGUGUUCAACAGAGUGUGCAGAGUGUGCAGCUGAUUUCUCACUUCCCAAUGUCGCCCCUCUGUGAAGGAAAAUAAAACGGUGGAAAAGUUCUGACAAAAGAUGGAUUUACUUACUACUACUUUACUUUAUGUGAGAUAACAUUUGCCUCCAUAUGAUUUGAGUAUGGUUUCUCGGUCAUUCGCUAUAACACAAUGAUUUGAAACCCUCCUCACCACAUUAAGAGGUGAAGGCUGGCAUGGAAAACUUGUUUUGCAAUCAGAAAAACGUGUAUGUUGUAAUGUGGUUGCCCCUUUGACAAAACUGAACGCCUUCACUUCCUGAACACAGCAGUUGGAUGAGUGAUGAACCACGAAGACUACUACACGAUUGAAAGAAGAAAGAUGUGUUCCUUACCACUUCUAGGACUUUAUACUUUUAUCCGGAUGACUUACGGACUUCAAACUGGUAACAGCAAACAAUACCAAUGUAGCAAAUAAUGUGUUGAUUAUAUUUAAAUGUAUUAAGAAUAAAAUAUGUAUUAUGCAUUCA